AUUAUCAGUAAAACAAGUUUGUCAGACUGGUUUUUACUUUUGUUUUGCUACUGUAUGGUUUGGUUUAACACAAAAUGUUUCCCACAUUAUAUUAUUUGAAAGGUUAAACUACUUUUGGGCAGUAAUCUGUUAAGGAAGUUACUGUAGGCCAGCAUGAGUUUAUUGUGAAUGUACACAUGUUGAAAAGUUCCUAUAAAGAUUUGUGCUCUUGCGUGGAUAAUAUACAUUAAACACAAUAAAAACCCAUGACAAUGUUAGAUCAGUUUUCAGGGUUGUACCAGGAAGUGAUUUGAAUUUGAAAGGCAUCACAUUACCAUGUUUAGUAGUUGCUUCCUAGUUUCAGGUUUGCCAAUUGGAAACCCUGCAUUGUCUGAGAGUGUUGUAUUUGCUCUUAAAGCUAAAAUAAUUUCGGCGUAUUUCAGUAAUUUAACUAUCAUUUAAACAAAAUCAUUGUUUUAGAUUGGAUGUAAUUACAUUUAUCCUUAACCAAAUGGUUAUUAAUAUGCUAUUAUAUGAGCAAUGUUGUGUGGUGAGGUGAUACAUGUUCUGUGAAUGCAACUUGAAGAGUAUUCACCAUGGACGGCAGAAGAAACAACCAGUACCAAUGGAGAAAAAUGGCCUCAGGGGAGGUAAGCUGGCCAAUUCCUAUGAAGGCCAUAGGAGCACAAAACCUCCUGACAAUGCCAGGAGGCGUGACACUUUCUGGAUAUCUCCACAAGAAGGGAGGCACACAGAUUCAGAUUUUGAAAUGGCCAUUACGGUUUGUCAUUAUACACAAAGGAUGCAUUUACUACUUCAAGACAAGCACCUCUGCCUCUCCACAGGGGGCAUUUUCUUUAAAUGGGUACAACAGGGUAAUGAGGGCGGCAGAAGAGACAACUUCAAGUAACGUCUUCCCUUUCAAAAUUGUGCACUUCAGCAAAAAGCACAGAACGUGGUAUUUCUCAGCAGCAUGUGAGGAGGAAAGAAAGAAAUGGAUGUUAUAUUUGAGAAAAGAAAUUGACAACUACCAUGACAAAAGGGAUUAUCAGGCUGAAAGUGUUUCAGGUUCUGACUCUGACAGUUUUUAUGGCUCUGUUGAACAGCCUAUUGACAUAAAAUAUACUCCUGGCACAUCUGACGAUGGCGACUAUGUGGAAGAGGAAGAGGAAGAUGAAUAUUAUUUAAAACCAGAUGAAUCACAGGAAGCAAACAUUUUAAACCGACCUGAUGCACCUCCUCCUGUCUACCCUCCGCCUCCUGUCCCACUCAGAACACCACCUCAGAAAACUACAGGAAUCAGGGCAAUGCCCCCAAACCUCCCACUUGCUCCCAGGACAGGUCUACAGACACAAUUUCCCAGGAAGGAAUCUCCACCAUUUCCAGCACACAAAAGUGAAUGUGAACUACCCAAGGAGGCAGCUGUGAUUCUCAGCAAAGGCCCUCCUCCACAGUUACCAUUCGCCUCCCAUUUGAAGAAGCCAGCCACUGACACAAAAGAGGUGCCAGUCAAAAGCCCCACCCCAAGCAAAUUUCCAAAGGCCAUGACAAUUUGCAGUGAUCUUGAGAAAAAGCUAGCUGUGAGCAACAAAUCUUCCCAUGCCACCUUGCCACUUUCCAGUACUAUUGAGAAAAAGCCUUCUGUGAGCAACAAACCCUCACAUGCUACCUUUCCGAAAGCAACACCACCACAAAACCCAAAAGUGAUUGCCAUGACUCCGGGGUGUGAGAAGCCUGGGAUGUACAAGCCCCCACUGAUGCCCAAAACUCUGCCUGCCGGAGUGAAGCCAAAGCCAAAAAAUCAAGGACAAUCCUUCCAGAGAUCUUCCCCGGAUGGACAAAGUUUCCGCUCUUCAGUGGAUGAAGAGCCAGCACAUUUGCAAUCUAAGUCCCAGUCAAAGAAUUAUGACUCGGACGAAGACUAUGAAAAGGUGCAUUUACCUGACUCUGUUUUUGUUAGUACAACAGAGACAAGUGAGAUUGAAAGGUUAUUUAAAGAUACUGAUCCAAGAGGUAAACCACAAGAUGGAUUGUACUGUAUAAGGAAUUCAACAACCAAGAUAACAAAGGUCUUGGUUGUAUGGGAUGUAACUACACAUAAAGCAAGGAACUACAGAAUCUUUGAAAAGGAUUCCAGGGUUUUUCUAGAAAACGACCUGACAUUCCCUUCAUUCGAAGCAUUGGUUGAGCACUACUACACCCAUGUUCUACCCAGCCAUGAUACACUCCGUCUUCAGAAACCGUAUGGCUGUCCAGUACUGAAGUGAUAUAGUUUGUGACAAUGGCAGGCAAGCAAAAUCUACCUGCUGUGAGUUCCAGAUCAGACGAUGUUUAACCAAGCUCUAGAAGAAGGUUGAAAUCGAUGUCAGUCUGUUUCAUCCUGGCUGCUGACUUUCAGGAGAAAGCAGUUGGGAUGUCAAGUUUUUUUUUUUAUUGGAAACUCCUGUAAGCAGUAUUUGACAGGGUAUGGAAGAGUCUGUUGGCCCCUCUUUCCUGCCAUUAUCAUGACACAGAGUGCCACUAGUUGCUCCUAAUAAACAACGUUCUGGUCUGUGUCUCAGGUUUAGCAUUGUAUAUGAAUUAUGUAAAUGCCACUAUGGUUUAUAAUGGAGUGUUGGUAGUAUUAUAACGAAGGAAUUGUUGUGUACAGCAGAAAGAUGACAUGUGGGCUGUGCUGAAAACCUAAAUAUUUCACACCUCCCUGAUCAAAAUAUGUUUUUUUUUCCUGCACAGCCUUGUCUAAAAGGGUUCUUCCUUUGGGUCCUUCAGUGUGAUUUACUAAUACAUGUACUCACUAAUAUUAUGCCAGUUUUUUCAAGUUUAGUGGUUAGUAAAAUGAAUGUAUUUACAAACAAAUCAACUGGAAAUUAUUUAAACACAGCAAGUUCUCAUGUUCAGAUAAUGCUGUACUCUUUGCUUUCUCGAAGCUGAAUUGGACAUGGUCAGUUGGUUAAAAUGCUGUGCCAUAUUAAACCAAAAUGUCAAUUAAAUAUUAUCGGUUGGCUUCAAAGACCCACCUUAGCAUUUUUCUUGGAUUACCUCAUUUUACUUUAGGUAAGGUUGUUCAGCAUUAGUGCUGAAUGGGGUAUAUGAAGCCAGCCUUAUAAAAAGGCACACGUCUAUAACGUUUGCUGUAGACUGGAUGUCUGAUGUUGCCUAAUUUCAGAAGAUAAACAUAAGCGGGGUCUCCAUGUACUGUAGAAUGUGAUGUAGCACACAAAUACCACACACAUUCCUCAACCUAUAGUGUACGGCCAAAACUUGGCAUGACUUGAAAGGGUGGGUAAAUCACCUUCUCACACUAAAAAGCCAAGCAAAAUGACUCCAAACUAAGAUUUUUUUUGCUUGGAAACAUGUCCGAAAGCCGUACUUUAUGUUCACAAGACUUCAGCAAGAAGAUUCCAUUUGUGACGUAAACUUGCAAAACUUUCUAUUGUACACAAGCCUUAAAAAGAAUCUAUCAUAGGUACCUACUACCAAGGACAAAAAAGUCACGCUUGUACAUCAAAAUGUAUUAAGUUAGCAUAGCUAGGAAUUGGUGCUAGUGGUCUCCUCUAUUACUGCUGUGGGAUACACACAGCACUAGGCUUGAGAGACCAGCUAGAGAGUUGAAGUACAAUCUCUUAAAUCUAAUUCACUAAGCAAGAUUUGUUUUAGAUGAAUUACAACAUGAAGUUGACUUACAGAACAAAGUUUCAAAAGUUACAAAAAUGCCUGGGUGGAUUAGCAUCUACUGAGAAACAUGUUGAACUCAUAUAGACUACCAGUAUACUGGAUCCCCAAUAACAACAAUGAUACAAAAAUAAAUAUCUAUAAUCACAUCCUACUGGCCUUGCACUGUCCCUGCAGCAUUCAGAUAUAGGUAUUUUUUAAUAUUAUUUUUAUUUUAUUAUUAUUAUUAUUAUUAUUAUUAUUAUUAUUAUUAUUAUUAUUACUAUUAUAAGAAUAUUAUGUAGUGGAAAGUCUGGGUGAGGGGGAUUGCCUACUACGUAGAGUUGCUACCAGUACUGAAUAUGUACUGUACUUGUGCUGUAUUUUAGAUCUGUUCUUAGACUACCAUAAGGAUCAGAAUUGCUGAAACUACGGCUCUAUAGGAAAAUAUGUACAUAUUAUAUAUGUAUGUGUAUAAU